GCUGUGCUGUGCCGCGGUUCAGCAUGGAGAGUGGGGCCGAGGGCUGCGAGGUUGUGGUGUCUGGGGAACUCCGAGGACAGAGGGCUGCAUCCGUGAAGGUUGUCGAUGGUCUGAUGAUCCGCAGCGGGGACCCUGUUAACUGCUACGUGGACGCUGCAGUGCGCCAUGGGCUGCCCAGGCGAGGUGGGCUGGGCAUCAAAGUGCAGAUCACGCUUCCUUGGGACCUGGGUGGUAAGAGAGGCCCUAAGAAGCCCCCACCUGACCGUGUGAGCAUUGUGGGACCCAAAGAUGAGAUACCGCCCAGCACCCCCAUCUCGGGUGGGAAGCCAGGGCCGCCUGCCAGGCCCCAGCCCGUACCCACAGCAUCACAGGGUCCCCUCAGCAGCUGGAGCUGGAGUCUGGAUGUUGCUCUAUAA